AUGGGUUAUCUUACAAGAGAUAUCCCUUCAUCGAUGAAGGAUUUAACUUAUGGGUGGAUUGUUAGAGCUAAGAAUGAGACUGUUUUUAGUAAAAACCGUGAAAUAGUUGAGGAACUGCCUGAAGAAGAUAGCCCUCAUGACAGAAGUGAAGUCGUUUUCAAGAUUUUAACCGCUGGUUCUGGUUUAUUCUCCGAUGGUUAUGUCAACAAUUCCAUUUCCACUGCUUCAACUUGUUUGAGCACACUUUAUCCAAAGGAAGUUGGAAACUCCUCAGCGUUGUCCAAUGUAUCAUCCAUUGCAUUUGUUGGCACCAUUGUCGGACAGUUAUCAUUUGGUUACAUCAGUGACAAAUUUUCUCGUAAACUCGGAAUGUUGAUUUCCAGUGCUUUACUUAUCCUUUUUUCUAUUUUAUGUGCUGCAUCUUACGGGGGACCAGGAAAUAUUGAAGGAAUGCUUAUUGCAUUAACAGUUUAUCGUUUCUUUCUUGGUAUUGGUAUUGGUAGUGAAUAUCCAACUGGUUCGGUCGCCUGUGCUGAAGCUUCGGCAAUGCUCCCGGCAAAGAAAAGAAAUCGUUAUUUUUGCUGGUUUACCAACUUCAGUAUUGAUGUCGGUUUUGUAUGCAGUGCGUUGGUGCCUUUCGUUUUGUUACUAAUUUUGAAAGAAAAAAGAUUGGACUUAGUUUGGAGAUUGACCCUUGGCAUUGGAGCAGUUUUCCCAUUGGCGUUAUUUUUGCUUCGUACCAAAUUCAAGGAAGAUAAACAAUUCAAGAAAACAGGUUUCCAAAAAGUUGGUAUUCCAUAUUUAACGGUGUUAAAAUUCUAUUGGUUUAGAUUGAUAGUUGUGGCACUUAUUUGGUUCGUUUACGAUUUUUGUACUUACGCGUUUGGGUUAUAUUCAUCAUUUAUCAUUAAAGUCAUUAUUCCAGAUGGGGAUUUGGUGAAAACUUUUGGAUGGAAUAUCGUGCUUAAUGUUUUUUACAUCCCAGGAGCAUUUUUGGGGGCAGUUUCCUCCGAUUAUUUGGGGCCAAGAUUGACAUUGGUCAUCGGUCUUCUUCUCCAAGCAACAUUCGGGAUUAUUUUAGGAGCACUUUUCCCAAUCUUGAAGCACAACAUUGCCGGGUUCGUGAUUAUCUACGGUAUUUUUAUGACUAUGGGAGAAUUUGGGCCUGGAGACAACAUUGGUAUUUUGGCGUCUAAGACCAGUGCGACUUCGAUUAGAGGAACUUAUUAUUCUGUUGCUGCCGCUAUAGGGAAAGUCGGGGCAUUUACUGGAACGUAUAUUUUCCCAAUUAUCAUCAAGCGUUUUGGAGGAGCGGAAAGCAAUAGUGGAAUGCAAGCGCCUUACUUUAUUGCCUCUAUUCUUGCGAUCAUCGCUGCAUUAGCAGGAUUGAUUUUUUUGCCAGAUGUGAGCCCAAGUGCCAUGAGUUUGGAAGACAAUAAAUUUUUAGAAUAUUUGGCAUCCACAGGGUUUGAUAUGAGUUCUUUGGGAAGUGAUGAUGGCGAUGAAGAGGAAGAUGACAUUUCUGACCUGGUGAGUGAAUAUAUUGUUAGAGAUGGCAGUGGGAAAAAGAUGGUGAUCGAAGAUUACGACAGUGGCCUGGAUGCCGAAUCUUUUGACAAGAAGAAGGAAUCGCCAUUUGUCAACGUUAGGGAGUUGUAA